AUGAUCGACCAGGACUACCGAUUUUCCGUCAUCAGCGCAACGGUCUAUGGGCCAGAGCACGUAAGUACCGUGAUGGACUGGGACCAGCGCCGCUGCUAUACCAUCAGCGGCUCCACAACCUUCAUGCCACCCGACGAAGAUCUAGAAAUCGGGUUCUUGAAGCGCCAUAUUAACCACCUCGCUCCAAAUGUCCGUUCCAUCACCAUUGACGAUAAGGGGUUGCUUGUCACGGUAUCAUCGGACCCAGAAGACGAUGCUACGUUAGCACCUCAUUACCCUCGCUACUCCAGUGUCCAGUCUUUGCAGGAUUGUCCGACUAUUGAAUUGUCGAAACUGACUGAGCUCGAUCGGUUCUCGCCGCGGGUGGAUUUGAUGAGCUAUGUUGAUGAGGAUGGUGUACAGAGGAAAGUUGCUUUUAAGUAUACUAUAACGUUUCAGUGGAGGAAUCAGAUUUGGGAUGAGAUGCAUGUUGUUAAAAGCAUUCCAGCACAUCCGAACAUUGUUCCUUUUGACCAUAUCGUUAUCGAUCCCGUUGAAUCCAGAGUGGUUGGAUUUACCACCACCUUCAUCCCCGGUGGAACCCUCGACUCAAACAAGACUCGAGUUUUUCGACUAGAAUGGCUACAGCAACUCACCAAUGUGGUGGACUACCUCAACCUAGAACUAGGAAUCAUACAUCAAGAUAUAGCACCCCGAAAUCUCCUUAUUGAUCCCGCUACAAAUAAUCUGAGGCUGUUCGACUUCGACCGUGCCGCUCGAGUCGGGAAGCCGGGAGUUUGUACAGAGCGAGAUGAUAUCGUAGGAGUCAUCUUUACCUUAUACGAGAUUAUUACCCAAGAUGAACAUUACCGAGAGGUGUGUUUUGAGCAGCGUGAUGUGGAAACAGUUCACAAUCUUGAAGUUUGGCCUGUGAAGACAGAGCUAGACUGCGACGUUUCCCUCUUUCGAAAACAUUUGAAUUGCUGGGUUCAAAGUCGGAGAGCGAGGGCUGCACAAAACCAACCGGCCGAGACUACUGUUGAUGUUCCAGAUAUGCCUCCGUCCUCGCCGCUCCGCACAGGUUAUGAUGACAGUGGUGAGCCCAUACUUGUCGAAGAUCCUGCCCCAAGGCGGACUGAGGCAUUGCAAGGUGGUAAAAAUGUCAUGCAUUGGGAGCGUGCUCCAUACGAACAAGCGUACGGCCAGGAAUGUGUCAAGAAUGAAGCUUUGCAGUAG